AUGAUUUCUCGGUUACGUUUAGCCACCAGAAUUGGUAAGUCUUUAUUCUUGAAGUCGGUGAUGCUUCUGAAAAGGUUUUAAGACUCAUUCAUUACGUAUUAUUUCAACGGUUUUGUCAUUUUUGCACGCUAAACGAUGAACCUCCCGCACCAAAACUGCUAAGCAAGUAUUGGGUCGUGAAAUUGACACACAGCAUAAUAAUAUUAAUCUUUUGAAAUUGUCGUUUGUACCCCUGUAACUGAUGUAUUAAAUGUGGAUCUAGACGAAGUUACUACUGCUUUUGACAAGCCUUCAUAAUCGCGUAGAUCUAAGUCAUACGGUAUGGGAUAAUUGUUAAUGAUUACUCUCGACUUCGAUCUGAAUUUAUUAUGCAUUCUCUUUGCCUUUGCAGUAAGUAUAUUGCUUUGGUGGCCAUAAACUUUUACAUGAGUACAUUUACCUGUAUGUAAACAUUGUAUCCGGCGCAGGAUACUGUAUGAGGCCUAUUUUGUUGCACAAUAGUUGAUGUGUACGUAAAUUUGAGCGAAUGAUCAUGUAUCGUUCCAUUCGUUGCAGUGUUGAUGAUAUUUGCAUGUAUCAUGUUGCCUCUUAGGUGGUGCAGCCAGGCUCUUAGCUCAUGCAAAACCAAGGUAAGCUUUUAUUAGAUCUUGGAAAUUGACAAAGGGUUUAAACAUGCAACUUGAUCCUACCGCUUUUCAAUAUUUAGUUGUAAUUACAAAAUGUAGUUUGAGUUAAUUUUUUUAAAUUCAUUCUUAGUUUGCCUGCCACCACAAGACUGAUGUGUCAGGUUCCUGCCCAACAAACGGAAGGUAAUGCAUACGGUACUUAGCAGAGCGCUUUCAUAUUCAGUUUUAGAUCAGUUUCAACAUCUUGAGACAUUUGAGUAGGGCUUAUGAAUUUCCCAGUCAAUGUUCAGUGGGUUAUGUAGAACCACCAUUAUAUAUGAAAGUUUAUUAUAAACUAGUUCUGGUAUGGUAAUGCAGAACAGUGCUGGGUAAAGUUUCUGCACAGCCCCAUACUAUUGUAAAACAAAUCUGUUUUCCCAAUGGAAAUGUAUUGUUUCUGUCAUUGUUUUCUCUAUUCAAGAACUGAAUGCAUAAUGUAGUAUGGGGCUGUGCGGAAAUUUUACCCAGUGCUGUACUUAGAGCUGUGUCUCAGAGAUAGUCAUGGAAUACCUCCUUGAGUUAGCUUUGUUGAGUUGGUCAUGUAUGUUUAUGUUUAGUUAAAAUUUGGUGACAACAAUUUAAGUUUGAUUUUGUUUAUCAUUUAGAUAAACCUCAGGAGUUUGGUCAGUUCUAUAGAGAUAUCAGCAGUUUGUUGAAGGAGAAGACUGGGGAGACUGGUAAGACGAAAGAAUGUAGCGCAUAUAGUUAUUAUUUUCAGUUAUAGAACAUGCAUUUAUUGUUCUCAGUGGCAGUUUGAUAAAGACAAUUAAAAGUUGAACUUAAGAAUCAUUGUGUUAAGGGCAUCAGUUAGCUUCACUUAAAUUUCCCUUAACUUAAAGUGCUAGAUUUGACCCUAUCAACAGUCUGAUGACAACUGCAGUUAGACCUUAUACUGUAAGAAAGAUACAUGUAAUUAAUACUAUCUUCGUAUGUAUUUUAUUUUUAGGCCACAAACUUUUGGCUGGUGGAUUCCUCACCUACAUCCUUUCAAAAGAAAUACUCAUUCUUCAUGAUGAGGUGCUUAUGCAACAGUGGGCAUACCCCUCUUUUUUUAUUUUGGUUGAAUUUGUUCCUUGGUUACAAUCCUUUUCUCUUAUGUAGUGGUUGUCACUGUAAUUUGAAACAGAUGGAAAUCUCUUGUUUGAACUUAUACAUACUAUGGAAAAAAUGAAACCGUAACAAAUUCAUAUGGUAGAUUGUGUUUUAAGUUCAUUCUUGGUCUAAAGUUAUCUAUCAUAAUGUAAAAGAAAGGAAAAGAGAAUUAUACCUCAUUCACACCAUCAAAACAUGUCUUGUUAAACAAAGUUUAAUGAAACCAUGUUUAAUUAAACAUGGUUAACUGAUCAACCUGUUCACAUUGAACAACAAGAGCUGACAACAAUGCAGCCUUGUGUUCAUGCUCAGCCUCGUGUUUGUGAGAUUGUAAUUGACAUAAAAUGUUACAACAUCAUACAGUCACAACAUUUAAAAUGUAAACAAAAUGGUGGAUGGGCAAAAUACUGAGCUUUUGUUUUGGAAAACACAGCAAGAAGAAAGCCGGCUUCUUCUUUGGUGUGGCAUUUCCCGUCUUAGCACAUUCUUCUUUGUAGCUUCUAUAGGCACUUAUCAGAGUGUAAAUUUGUGUCUUGUAGCUGCCAUUGUCUCUGUCUUUGUAGCCUGCAGCUCAAAGAUAUGCCACAAUUUCUCGCAUGUAGGCUUUUUUCUUGUGCAUGAUUUUAGCUGGAGCUGGAUAUUCUCAUCUCCCCACUUUUCAAGUAACAGAGGGUUUCUUUGUGCUCCCAAACUCUUUUGUGCGUUUUGGUUUCUGCCGCCAUUUUGAAUGUGUUUUAUUAAAAAACAAUUGUUUAACUACCUUUCAAGGUAGUUUUGUUAAACACAGUUUUAGACGUGUUUUGUUAAACGUGCCUGCAGUGUGAACAGCCAGUCUUAUUAAAUCUGUUCAUCAAAACAAAUUUUUAACAUGUUUAAGCUUUGGUGUGAAUGGGGUAUUAGACAAAUCACACUGCUUUAGCAAAUUGGAAACCAAGAAACAAUUUUAAGUGCAACGUAUUAGUGUUGGUGUGUGUUGUAUAUAGGAGUACUUUUAACCCUCUGGAUCAAACAUAGUCACAAAAAGAAAAGAAAAUGACCACUAACUAAAGCAGCUCUUGAUUGUUAAACAAAUUCUCCUUGUCAACACCGUAGGAAAUGCAUAGAGAACAGUAUGGAGGAUAUGCAUACUGAUGUUAGGGUGUGAAGGUUUUCAUGAAGAGAUGCAAUAGAUUCUUACACUGAUAAGACAAACAUGGUUUGGGGCACUUUAUGCUUGUGCAGACUAACUUUAAGAGUGCAAUUUCUUGAAAUGAAUUGUUCACUCACUUUUUCAGAGAGUUUUACUAUUAACCAUUUAGACCUGAAGAGUGUGAGAGUAAACACCUCCAAAUAACUUGUUACAGAACAGUGACAGCAAUGCUAAUGUUAUUUUUCAGACUCUUCUUGCUGUUGUGAUGUUCGGCACUAUGUAUUGGGUCUAUUUAAAAGUUUCUCAGCCAGUUGCAGAUUUCCUAGACAGUUAUUCUCAAGUGAGUCAUGUUUACAGAGAUACUGAGUCUUUUGUACACAUGUUAUGCUACUAAUUCUGCUGCGUUGUUCAAUGGUUGUGGAAGGUUGAGUACAUGCCACAAAUUCAUUUCUCAAUUGAUCUAUUGAUCAUUUGUUUUUGGGUGCAUUAAUUUGAAACUAAAAUCCAAGCAGUCGGCCAAAUCAAAUGAAUGAAAGCCAAAUUUCAAAAUAUUUUAACUUGUAAUAAUUUUAAAAGGACUCAAGGUUGAGAAGCUGAAACUAUGACAAUACAUGUCAAAUUUUCACAGGGAAUCUUAGCCAGAUUCAAUGGAUAUAAAGAGAAGCGCAUUGAGAUGUUGACUAGCACCAUUGAGGAGGCCAGCCAGGUUGAGUACCUGCAUUCUGCCAGGACAGACAUUGUGGAAAUUAUGAGGGUAAGAUGGCUAAAUGGUUAAAGAUGGUUAAAAUUUUUGUUCACAUUAUGUCCAUGUGAACUUUACAGAACUUUACUGUUGUCUAUUUGUAUUGGUUGAAUGUUUUUUCUUUGAAAUUGAUAUUAUAAUAACCCAAGAUUUCAUCUUUUGAUGAGUUGGUUGGAAAUUUUUCUUUCUUUUUGUGUGAAUGCGUUUAAAAUAACCAACUUGCAAUGCUCCAAGCUGAGCUUUUUUAAAGAGACCACCAGGUGGCAGGUGUCCUAGGCAAGCAACAUUUGGGAUAAACUUCUUUAUGCCAUUUUGUUCAUGGUAUGGCCUUCAUACAUGCUUUCUAUUUCUUCAUUUUUUUAAAUAGGAAAAUAAUGCCAUGUCUCUUGAGCUGAAGUAUAGAAACAGGCUGCAUGAAGUCGCUAGAGAAGUCACCAAACGCUUGGUAUUUAUCAUUCUUACGUUUUUAUGUAUUGUUGACUGUUGUUGUAGGAAUGUUGUAACCAUUGCAGAAGUAUUUUUGUGUCCAAAAACAAACAAACAAAAAAAGAAUUUAAAACAAUUUGAUUUCAAAGAAAAAAAAUUGCUCCUUUGGGUAAAUUUAGUUGUAGAGGAUAGCCUACUUACAGCUGUAACUUUUUUUUUUUUGUGGUCAUGAACAAAUAAUUUUGCAUACAGAACCAUAACACGCAACUCUUUAAACCCUAAGAGUGACCAGCAUCUAAUUUCUCCAUUAAUUAUCAUCCCUGAAUCAAAAAUUAAGGUCACAAGAAUCAGGGAAAUGAUCACCAGCUAAAGGAACUCUUGAUUGUCCAACAAAUUCUCCUAGUUGGUGCCUCAGGAAAUUUAUAUAGAACUGUGAGGAGAAUGUGCAUACUGAUGUCAGGGUGUAGAGUUAAAUUGAGUAAUGUGGAGCACUGUUAUGGAUCCCUGUCACUUAAUUUGGGAGCUUGAAAUGAAGAUUGUGAUAGUUACCUUUAGUGUGAGCUCUAUUCUACUGAGACUAAGGGCAGAUAUACGUGAAAACAUUAUUUCCCAAAAAGAAUAAGUAAUCUUCUACUUCUUUGAAGUACACAGUGGCUUUAGUUGGCUUUCAGGGAAUAUCCAUGCCCAACCUAAGGAAGAUCUUGAAAAUUGUAGCGCAGAUGUAAACCUUAAGGGCUAAAUCUACAAGCUGAUCGUAAGAGGGUAGUGGUAGUUCUCUAAACCAAAAAGUUGUGGAUCAGUGGAUUUCAUUUCAAGCUUAAGUGGAAAUCAGGGGUCAUUAGUAACUUUAAGUCUGGUAAUUCCUUUGAAGUCAAAGCCAGUUGCUGUUGAGAAACUUAGGAAACUUCUCUUUUUUCUGUUUUUUUUCAUUUCUAAUGCACAGGAUUAUCAGGCAGAGAUUGAAGCUUUCCAUCAAAGGAAUGCUCAAGCACACAUUGUUGAUUGGGUGGAAAAAGAAGUUGUCAAGAGUAUUUCACCUCAGUUGGUAUGUAUGGAAAACUGAAAUGAUUACUUUUGAUUUAACAAUAACUUUCUCAACAUCUUUUUCCAGUUAGGGAAACUGGUGAACUGCAAUUAAUUUGGGCAAUUGUGUAAGCCAUCCUGGUAAAAAAGGUUGCAGUGUUGGCUUAUCACUGUAAGGAAUAGAGUAUGAUUUACUUUUGUUUCUUUUAAUUGAAAUUUCAUUGAAUUUUUAUAAUCCUUGUCAACCCUGGGUUUCACAAGUCUUUCUUUGCACAUGGUAGUGAGCUUUGGGUAAAGGCUGAACCCAAAACAUAUACUCUGCUCUACUGUUUUUGGGGUCUGUUAAACAAAAUCAACCUACCUAGUGAAUGAAAUGAAGAAUGCUGAAUGGAAUCCAAUUGUGCAAAUCAGUGCAUAGAACCGUAAGAAGCAAAUGUGGCACUGAAUUUUGGUGAAGUUCAUGGCCCUUUUCAUAAAAUUUAGUGGUUCAGAUUUUCAUAGGAGACUCAUGUAAUACUCCUUGCACUGACAGGGUCUGGCAUCCAGGCCAAUCCUUCUUUAAAACCCUUUAAAAACCUUUGUUCUCAAGAAAAAAUAACCGACUUUCAUUUUCUGAACUUCUCACAGGAAAAGGAAAGUGUUAGCCAGUGUAUUAGAGACCUAAAGGCUAUGGCACCAGCUUGAAAGGAGUGUGGUUCAUUACCAGAUUUAACAAACAUUGGGCCUACUUUUUGUGAAUAUAAAUUUUUGUUGUUUUGAUUGUAACCCUUGGGUCAUAAUGGCAACUCUGAAAUAAAGAUGCGAU